AUGGAGGCAAACGAGGCAGCUCGCAAAGAACAAGAGUAUGUUCACAAGGUGUAUAACCAGAUUGCGCCGCAUUUCUCUCAGACCAGAUACAAGCCAUGGCCCAUUGUGACGCAGUUCCUUCAGACGCGUGCAAUGGGCGCCAUCGGUGUCGAUGUCGGAUGUGGCAACGGCAAGUACCUUGGAGUGAACCCUAACGUGUAUAUUAUCGGAUCAGACCGCUCAGACGGGCUCAUUGAGUGUGCCAGGGAUAUAGAUCCGUCAUACAACCUGCUGGUUGCGGACGGGCUGAACCUACCGCACAUGGACAACACAUUCGACUUCGCCAUCUCAAUUGCCGUGGUGCAUCACUGGUCUACGAGGGAGAGACGCGUUGAGGUGAUUAGACACAUUUUAUCAAAACUGCGCCAGGGCGGCCAGGCUUUGAUCUACUGCUGGGCAUUGGAGCAGGGCAGUUCCCGUAGGGGCUACCACGAGGGCAUGGAGCAAGACGUCUUCGUUCCUUGGGUUCUUCCAAAGGACAAGCUCAAACCCAAGUCUACGCCAGUUGCCAAGGCAAAGGCCAAGGCAAAGCCAGACUUGACGAAUAUCCCCCCGAAGGAGCGUUCUGAAUACUUGCAGCGUUGGAAAGAGGAAGAACAACGCGGACAAGGUCUUGGCGACGGUAGUGAUAAGCAUCAGGAGCAGAAACAGGAAGAGGUGAAGUACCGGUACUACCACUUAUAUCGGGAGGGCGAAUUGUCUGAGGAUUGCCGCCAGGCUGGCGCCGCCGUUCAGAGUGAGGGCUUCGAGCGUGACAACUGGUGGGUGGUGGCCCAGAAGAGAUGA